ACACAGCUUUCAGAUCUGCCGCGGGGACAGCUGUUUGGUGGUGUGAGGGGAAAUGGUCAAAUCAUAGCAGAAGCUGUGUGGUUGGUUACCUGUCAGCCUGUCCUGUAAGGAAUCCCAGCAGGCCCGGAGCUUUGCCUUCUACACGCCCAUGCGUCUCACACACGCAGCCAAGGACCUGUGGAUUUUCUGAAGGGGGUGCUGGGACAUUAUGUGGGCUCUAGAAAACAGCUGAUGAAACUAACACCUCCUCAAGAUACCGGUUUUAAAUGAAGAACCCCAAGACAGGAAAGCUUCCAGAAAGGAAAAGCAGAUGACGUUCUGAAUGGAGAUCAUGGCAGGGAACAGAAAGAUCCUUAUUUUGUGGAGACUCCCUAUGGUUAUCAACUAGACUUAGAUUUCCUCAAAUACGUAGAUGACAUACAGAAAGGAAACACCAUCAGGAAAGUGAACAUCCAGAAGAGACGAAAGCCAUCAGUGCCAUGCCCAGAAAUCAGGGCCACACCUAGUCAGCAAGGUGUAUGGACUUCCACGGAAUCCCUCUCAUCGUCCAACAGUGAUGACAACAAGCAGUGCCCCAGCUUCCUCCUAGCCAGAAGCCAAGUUACAUCAACUCCAGUCCCAAGGCCACUUGCCCCUCUGGAAACCUCACCCACUUUUCUUACCAUCCCAGAAAGUCGACAACUGCCACCACCCUCGCCACAACUCCCAAAGCACAACCUUCAUGUCACCAAGACUCUGAUGGAGACCCGGAGAAGACUUGAACAGGAGAGAGUCACCAUGCAGGUGGCACCUGGUGAGUUCCGAAGGCCCAGGCUGGCCAGUUUCGGAGGCAUGGGCUCCACGAGCUCCCUCUCCUCCUUUAUGGGUUCUGGAAACCACAAUAACAACGUGUACCAGCUUCAGAACGGAUACCAAGGCAACGGGGAUUAUGGUGGCUAUGCCCCAGCUCCUGCCACCACUUCCUCCAUGGGGAGCUCCAUCCGCCACAGCCCUCUGAGCUCAGGGAUCUCCACUCCAGUGACCAACGUGAGCCCCAUGCACCUGCAGCACAUCCGUGAGCAGAUGGCCAUUGCCCUGAAACGCCUGAAGGAGCUAGAAGAGCAGGUGCGAACCAUCCCCGUGCUCCAGGUAAAGAUCUCUGUCUUGCAAGAGGAGAAAAGGCAGUUGGCUUCACAGCUGAAAAACCAAAGAGCUGCAUCCCAGAAUGAUGUCUGUGGUGUGAGAAAGCGUUCCUACAGUGCUGGGAACGCAUCCCAGCUAGAACAGCUCUCCAGGACCAGGAGAAGUGGUGGGGAGUUAUACAUUGACUAUGAGGAGGAAGAGAUGGAGAGUGUGGAGCAGAGCACACAGAGGAUAAAGGAGUUCCGGCAGCUCACAGCAGACAUGCAAGCCCUGGAGCAGAAGAUCCAGGAUAGCAGCUAUGAGGCUUCCUCAGAGGUCAGGGAGAACGGGGAGUGUCGACCUCGAGAGUGCCGGUCUGUGGCUGUGGGCGCCAACGAGAACAUGGACGACAUUGUCGUGUAUCACAGGGGUGCCAGGUCUUGUAAGGAUGCCUCUGUAGGGACAGUCACCGAGACAAGGAAUUCUGGGGUCAGCGUGACAGAGGCCAUGCUUGGAGUGACCACUGAAGCUGACAAGGAAAUUGAGCUACAGCAGCAAACCAUAGAAGCCUUAAAGGAAAAGAUCUACCGCCUGGAAGUGCAGCUGAAAGAAACCACCCAUGACCGGGAGAUGACUAAACUCAAGCAAGAGCUGCAAGCUGCUGGAUCGAGGAAAAAAGUUGACAAAGCCGUGAUGGCCCAGCCACUUGUUUUCAGCAAGAUGGUGGAGGCGGUGGUACUGACGAGAGACCAGAUGGCUGGCAGUCACGUGGACGUGGUUGACACAUGUGUGGGGACCUGCAUACAGACAAAUAGCUUGGGCAUCUCCUGCCAGCCCGAUUGUGAGGAUAAAGUGGUGGGGCCUGAGCUGCCCAUGAGUUGGUGGAUUGUUAAGGAAAGGGUGGAAACGCAGGACCGAUGUUCUGGGCGGUCUGUGGAGAUGUGCGACAAGAGCGUGGGUGUGGACAUCAGUGUCUGUGAAACAGGCAGCAACACAGAGGAGUCCGUGAACGACCUGGCACUCCUCAAGACCAACCUGAAUCUCAAAGAAGUGCGCUCCAUCGGCUGUGGAGACUGUUCCGUCGAUGUGACUGUCUCCUCUCCAAAGGAGUGCACCUCCCGGAGUGUGAACACGGAGGCUGUCAGCCAGGUGGAGGCUGCUGUCAUGGCAGUGCCUCGUACUAUGAGCCAGCACACCAGUACAGCUCUAGAACAGGUGAACCAGUUCACCAACACUGAGACGGCCACCCUUAUAGAUUCCUGCACCAACACUUCCCUCAGCACCUUAGACAAGCAGACCAGCACCUGGACUGUGGAGAUGCGGACGGUGGCCAUCGGAGAAGGCCGCGUCAAGGACAUCAGCUCCGCCAAGACACGGUCCAUUGGAGUUGGAACGGUGCUGUCUGGCAAUGCUGGGUUUGACAGACCGUCAGCUGUAAAGACCAAAGAGUCUGGCGUGGGGCAGAUCAGUAUUAACGACAACUACCUAGUUGGUCUCAAAAUGAGGACCAUAGCUUGUGGUCCUCCCCAGUUGACGGUGCGGCUGACAGGCGGCCGGAGGAGUGUAGGUGUUGGGGAUGAACCUGUAGGAGAGUUGGUGGAGAGCUUCCAGCCCCAGGCUCUGCCGGGAACGGGGACAGGCUUGGAUCAUUACAUCGAACGUGUCCAGAAGUUGCUGGCAGAACAGCAGGCGUUGCUGGCUGAGAACUAUAGUGAAUUGGCAGAGGCUUUUGGGGAACCUCACUCGCAGAUUGGCUCCCUCAACUCCCAGCUCAUCAGCACCCUGUCAUCCAUCAACUCUGUCAUGAAAUCUGCAAGCGCUGAAGAGCUCAGGCCCCCUGACUUCCUGAAAACCAGCCUGGGUAAGGUCACAGGCAGUAAUUUGGAAUAUACCUGUAAGUGUGGAAGCCUUCAAUCAAGAGGACCAUUAAACCCCCAGACAUCCCAGCAUGAGCAAGAGGUGGGGACCACGGAAGGGAAGCCCAUCAGCGGCCAGGAUACCUUCCCCCCUCAGGAAACCACGUUGUCUGCAGUGAACCUGACAGAUGACCAGAUAGCCGCUGGCCUCUAUGUAUGUACAAAUAACGAAAGUACACUGAAGUCCAUCAUGAAGAAGAAAGAUGCCAACAAAGAUUCAAAUGGAGCGAAAAAGAAUCUUCAGUUUGUUGGCAUUAAUGGAGGGUAUGAAACAACUUCAAGUGAUGAUUCCAGCUCAGAGGAAAGCUCUUCUUCCGAGUCAGAUGACGAGUGUGAUGUCCCUGACUGUCCUCCUGAGGAAGAGGAGGAGGAAGAGGAGGACGGAGUCACUCGGGGAAUGGCGGAAGGGCAGCGUGCAGUUAAUGUGGAAGGUUUCAAGUCCACCAGGGUGGAAGAUGAAAUGCAGGUUCCAGAAUGUGAACCUGAGAAGGUGGAAAUCAGAGAGAGAUAUGAAUUAAGUGAAAAGAUGUUGUCUGCAUGCAACUUACUGAAAAAUAAUAUAAAUGACCCCAAAGCUUUGACCAGCAAGGAUAUGAGGUUCUGUCUGAACACUCUCCAGCAUGAGUGGUUCCGUGUGUCCAGUCAGAAGUCAGCCAUCCCGGCCAUGGUGGGGGACUACAUCGCCGCCUUCGAGGCCAUCUCCCCAGAUGUUCUCCGCCACAUCAUCAACAUGGCAGAUGGCAAUGGCAACACCGCCCUCCACUACAGCGUGUCCCACUCCAACUUUGAGAUCGUCAAGCUGCUCUUGGAUGCUGAUGUGUGUAACGUGGAUCACCAGAACAAGGCAGGGUACACCCCCAUCAUGCUGGCAGCCCUCGCCGCCGUGGAAGCAGAGAAGGACAUGCAAGUUGUGGAAGAACUCUUUGGCUGUGGGGACGUGAACGCCAAAGCCAGCCAGGCAGGACAGACAGCCCUCAUGCUGGCAGUCAGUCAUGGGCGGAUAGAUAUGGUGAAGGGCCUGCUGGCCUGUGGGGCUGACGUCAACAUCCAGGAUGACGAGGGUUCCACCGCCCUGAUGUGUGCUAGUGAGCAUGGCCACGUGGAGAUUGUCAAGCUGCUGCUGGCCCAGCCGGGCUGCAAUGGCCACCUGGAGGACAACGAUGGCAGCACCGCGCUCUCAAUAGCCCUGGAAGCAGGACACAAGGACAUUGCCGUUCUGCUGUACGCCCACGUCAACUUCGCGAAAGCCCAGUCUCCGGGCACCCCAAGGCUUGGAAGGAAGACAUCUCCUGGUCCCACCCACCGAGGUUCAUUUGAUUGAUUGUGUGCAAAUAGCCGUCCAUUUAUAUGCCACCACCGUUUAGCUGCUAAUUGUUCCUGUUGGGGUGACAGAUACUGAAUGUAUAUGGUGCCUGAGCUUACCAGCAAACAACACAUAAAGCCAAGGGCUGAAGGCUAGAGCUGUCACAGUGGAAGCUGAGCCAGCAGGAGAUUGCUGGCUGGGCACACACCACCUCCCUUCUGGCCAUCUUCCCUCUGUAGGGCACACUUGCUGUCAAGUCUCUGCUCCUGCUCCGUUAUGUACAGUUGUAGGAAGUUGUAACCUGACCUGAGUGGGCAACUUCUAUUCCUUCUCUCCUCUCCACCCCACACCCCCACCGCUGCUGAGAAGUGUCAGGUUCUCAUUGACAUGGUGUUUUUAAAUGUUCUCACAAAUAUUUAUAUUUACUAAAUGUGGAACCAUUGGAAAACUCUUUGAAAAUUCCAUUCCAGGAUGGUUUUGUUGCUUUCUCUUUUGUCUUUAUUAUUUUCAAGUAAGGAAGUGGAGAUGACUUUGAUCAUCAGUGAAUUGGGCCUGGGCUGGUAGGUUUCUGGUUUAAAAAUAAAAGAUGGAACUCUCAGACAGUAUAAAACUUAAAAAAGGAAGUCUUUUCAGUUGGUUUUAUCUAGGUGGGUGUAUUAUGUGACUUUUUAUAUAAAGGGUAUCUAUAUAAAAUUGACACAGUAUUUUCAACUUUUAUAUUCCAUAAUAAUUAAAUACAUGAAGAAUGACCUGUAACAUUACCAUAUUUUUAUUAAUAAUUGCACAACUGUGUAUCUAAUGAUAAAGGUUGAAUUGUGUUAGAGGAAUUGGCUACAUAUUUGCCUCUAGAGAAACAUAGUAUAGUUCUCCACAUAUUUAUGGACUCCUUUAUCCCACGUCACAUUUACUUUGGUCUUAUAUGUAUUUAAAUGUUUGAAGUGCCUUAGACUCUUGCCAUAUUUUCAAAAUAAAAUUUCAUUAAGCA